AUGUCUACUUUAGAUGUUCCCCAAGAGAGGCUGAGAAAAUUUAAGUACCGAGGCAAAGAUGCAUCUGUGAGGCGACAGCAGAGAGUGGCCAUGAGCCUGGAGCUCCGGAAGGCCAAGAAAGAUGAGCAGGCCUUAAAGAGAAGGAAUAUCAACCACUCCUCUGCUGUCUUGGUUCCUGAAGCCCCAGUGAAAGAGGUCAACCUCACUCUGGAGGAAAUAAUCAAAAGUGCAAACAGCUCAGAUCCAGCCUUGUGUUUCCUGGCCACUCAGGCUGCCAGGAAGAUGCUGUCACAGGAAAGGAACCCUCCUCUGAAAGUUUUUAUUGAAGCUGGCCUCAUUCCCAGGCUGGUGGAGUUCCUGAAGCUGUCACCACACCCCCACUUGCAGUUUGAGGCAGCCUGGGCUCUGACCAACAUUGCCUCAGGAACUUCAGAGCACACCCAAGCUGUUGUGAAAGCAGGUGCCAUCCGGCCUCUGAUUAAGCUCCUGUCUUCCCCGCAUGUCACCGUGUGUGAGCAGGCAGCGUGGGCCCUUGGUAAUAUAGCUGGUGAUGGCCCAGAAUUCAGAGACAUCAUCAUCUCCAACAAAGCUAUCCCCCAUCUGCUGACCUUUAUAUCCUCAAAUAUAUCAAUCACGUUUCUGCGGAUCAUCACAUGGACCCUGUCUAAUCUGUGCCGGAACAAGAACCCGUACCCUUGCAAGGAGGCGGUGAGGCAGAUGCUGCCUGCCCUCAUCCAUCUCCUGAGUCAUCAUGACAGUGAGAUCCUCUCCGACACCUGCUGGGCCCUGUCUUACCUCACCGAGGGCUGUGACAAGCACACCAGCCAAGUGGUGGACACCGGGGUCUUGCCCAGGCUGGUAGAACUCAUGACCAGCUCAGAACUCAAUAUCCUGACACCUUCUCUCCGCACAGUGGGCAACGUUGUCACAGGGACGGAUUACCAUACCCAGCUGGCCAUUGAUGCCGGUAUGCUGAAAGUGCUGCCCCAGCUCCUGAGGCACCCCAGGUCAUCUAUCCAGAAGGAAGCCGCCUGGGCCCUGAGCAAUGUGGCUGCAGGACCCCGCCAUCACAUUCAGCAGCUGAUCAUGUGUGACCUGCUGCCUCCUUUGGUGGCACUGCUCAAAAAUGCAGAAUUCAAAGUCCAGAAAGAGGCCGUGUGGACUGUGGCUAACUUCAUAACAGGGGCCUCCAUAGACCAGUUGUCACAGCUUGUCCACUCAGGAGUCUUAGGGCCACUGAUAAAUCUGCUGACUGCCCUGGAUGUGAGGAUUGUUAUCAUCAUCCUGGACAUCAUCUCUUUCCUCCUCCAGGAGGCAGGCAUGCAGAGUGAGAAGGAAAGCCUGUGUGUUCUGAUAGAAGAAAGUGGCGGUCUUGAUAAAAUUGAGGCCUUACAGCUGCAUGAGAACCAGCACAUUGGCCGGGCAGCUCUGAAGAUCAUUGAGAACCAUUUCUGUGAGGAUGAAGACGGUAACAGUUUUCCUGGUCCAGGGCCAAGAGUAUGAAUGUAUGAAGCUUUAAAACGCAUACAGAGCCCCU